CUUCAACCUCUCUCCUUUGGACAAGACAACGAGAGUUGGAGGUGUGGGAGGGUGUGCGUGUGGGUGGCUGGUUGAUUGAUUGGCUAACAGGCUGGCUGGUUGCUGAGAGGCGAGGCGUGGAAGGAAGGUGAACGACGGCCAGAGGCGUCCAGGGGCUGACGUGCUGCUGCUGAUUGCGGCUGACUGUUGCGAUCACGAUUAUGCUGUUUGAGGGCGUACCGGGCUUUGUCAACGCUUGGGUGUCCAAGGGUGUGGUGGUGGGUGUGGGGCUGGCCUCGAUUCUGGGUUCUGUCUUGGGAUGGAGGCAUGCGUGGACGUUGUACUUGCCUGGUGUGGUACGCAACGGGCAGGUGUGGCGGCUAGCCACGGCGCCAUGGGCCUUUGGCUCGGCCGCGGAGCUCAUGUUGGGGUUGCUCCUGCUUUACUACUUUCGGCAGUUUGAGCGCCAGCUGUCAGGGCCCAAGUUUGCCAUGUUUGCCAUGCUGGUAACGAGCGUGGCGACGCUGCUGCAGAUCGGUCUUCUCUCUCUGCUCGCGCCCUACGGUGUGGUGGCGCUCUUGCCCGGGCCAUACGGCCUCAUAUUUGCUUGUCUCGUCAAGUUCUACUACGAUGUACCGAUGACGUACCGCUUCACGGUGGCACACCUUCCUCUCAACAACAAGUUGUUUGUCUAUGUCCUGGGCGCGCAACUGGCGCUUGCGUCGGGCUUGCACUCGCUUGCCGUGGCAGCAACCGGCGUCGCGGCUGGCUUGCUCUACCGCUCCGACCUAGGCGGCAUGCACUCGAUGGUGGUGCCCAAGGCGGUGACAGCCGUGUGUGUCAAGUGUUUGCUGCCUGUCCUCGCCCCACUCCCAUCGCGGCCGUUUGCUCCGCCACCCGCCACUGGCUCCGGCGGCACCUCCGGCGAUGCGUCCGCUGAGGACGUGCGUCUAGUUCCGUUCUCCAUUCCUAUGACUGCGCUUCCUUUCACCCGCACGCCGGUGAACCGCGCUUCCCGCAGUAAUGCAGCCGGAGGCCGGACCAGUGGCGGCGACGACGAUCUGCACGAUCUGUUUGGCUCAUCGGCCUCGGACGAUGCCCACCAGUUUAAUGGACGCGGAGACGAGCUUGUCUAGCUAUCUACCUCCAACGCGCGAAUCAAAGCUCACUACCGCCAAAGCACGAGGCCAUCAGCGUCCGUAAGAUGACCGCCGGCAGUGAGUGAUGUAAAUGGCCGCAGCGAUCAACGCGGCAGAGGUAGCUACUUUCACACCAAAGAUCUCU